GAUAGAGGAGGGCGCUGCUGGUGCUGGCUCCCGCCGAUCUGACUCCGCGCGCUCGCUGAUCACCCUCAUUGAUCGUCGGUGUGCCCCAGAGGGAAGCCCCCUCCCCUCCCACCCCACCUUUCCUCCAACCCACCCACCUCCUGCACCGCGGGUGACACGCAGAGGAAAGUGUGUGUGGGCGGAUGAGGAAGUUCAGAGCUGGAAUUGAUGGUCACCCACCUACUGUACGGACUUGUACGCAGCGUCGGCAGCAGCAGCAGCAGCAGCAGCGGCGGCGGCGGCGGCAGCACUGGGGUCUCCAGCCACCCUCCCCAGAAAAGAUUCCUCCUCCCGGUGAUCCGCGCUUAUAAAAUGACAAUCAAGUUUGGGGUCAUUCUCCUGUUUCUUCUGCUCGUCCACGGUGCUCGCCCAAAUCAGCUGGAAUAUGGCGACGACGAAGAUUUCCAUGACACCGGUGUCAAUCAGAUGCUGGUGCCCAGGUCUCACCAGGAGGACGCCACUCUGAUCCUCAACAACCUGCUCAAGGAAUACGACAAGACGCUGCGUCCAGAUAUUGGAGUGAAACCAACAGUUGUCGAUGUUGGAAUUUAUGUCAACAGUAUCGGGCCGGUGUCGUCCAUCGAUAUGGAGUACCAGAUCGAUAUCAUCUUCGCCCAGACCUGGGUGGACACCCGGCUGCGGUAUAACAGCAGCAGCAUGCGGAUUCUUACCCUCAACAGCAAUAUGGUCGGCCUGAUUUGGCUGCCCGACACAAUAUUUAGGAACUCAAAAAAUGCGGAUUCUCACUGGAUCACGACGCCGAACCAGCUUCUACGGAUAUGGAACAAUGGAAAGAUACUCUACACCUUGAGGAUGACCAUCAACGCAGAGUGCCAGCUGCAACUCCAUAAUUUCCCGAUGGACGAACACUCCUGUCCGCUCGCCUUCUCCAGCUAUGGCUACCCGCGAGAUGAAAUCAUCUACAAGUGGAAACGCAACUCCGUGGAGACGUCGGACCAGAAAUACUGGAGACUUUACCAGUUUGACUUCAUGGGGCUGCGGAACACCACAGAUGUGCUCGCAACAACAGCUGGUGACUACAUUGUGAUGACGGUGUAUUUUGAUCUGAGCAGAAGAAUGGGCUACUUCACCAUUCAGACGUACAUCCCAUGCAUCCUGACAGUGGUCCUCUCUUGGGUCUCCUUCUGGAUCAAGAGCGACGCCACACCUGCACGGACGGCUUUAGGGAUCACUACUGUUCUCACCAUGACCACGCUGAGCACAGUGGCCAGGAACUCGCUCCCCAGAGUGUCCUACGUGACGGCGAUGGACCUGUUUGUCACCGUCUGCUUCCUGUUUGUCUUUGCCGCCAUGAUUGAAUACGCCAUGCUCAACUACUACUCCUACAGCAUACGCAGACCGCCACCCAAGAUGAGGAGGAUGGCUAUGGCACAGGCUCAUCGUUUCCACAUGGCUUAUUCAUCUUUCAACGCCACUCGCGCCCCUCGGCCUAUGAUGCCCAUGGGGAAUUCCCUCUUCUGGCACGACUACGACGACAACUGCAUGUACGAGUGCCUGGAUGGGAAGGACUGCAAAAGUUUCUUCUGCUGCUACGAAGAGUGCAAAGAAGGCGGGUGGAAAAAAGGUCGGAUCCACGUCAACAUUCUUUCUGGUCAACGACAAACAAAGGUGAAUUGCAUCGUCUUGUUCUUAUGGCUGGCGAUCGAUGGCAACAAUGGAGUCGCACAAUCCCCCCACCCCAUGUGCCCCCAAACUCACACAUGUAAAAUUGAUGCCAUGUACAUGGACACAAGACCACAGGUUGAGGUAGGUCGACGCUGUUGGCAACAUUUUGUUUACUGUUCUAUGGUGUUCUCGUUGCAGUUGUUGGGCUUUGUAGAACAAUCAACACCCCACACUCCCUCCCCCCCACCCAGUAUUUGUAUGUUCAGAGAAGCUUUUUAUGUAAGAUGUAUAUAAUUAAUGUUUCUAUUUUCAUACUGUUAUAUAUGGAAUGUAUGUUAGGCCAGUAGUGAGGCCGCAGUCGAUCUGCUUCACAGUUGAGUCAGUCCAAACGGAGUUCAUAUUUGGGCCUCCUCCAUCCUCAUCAAAAGCUAAAUCAUUGGUGGCGUUUGUUGCCAUGAUGCUCGAGUCAGUGUACACUCAGCAAAAAUAUCAACGCUAUGAACUGAUUGAAACUGAAGGUAAAUAUUCAUGAUGGAUUUAGUGAAGUGCGCUUGUUCCUCUCAGGCGGGAAAAAUGAAGAAUGAACACUGACUGCAAGUGAUGCGUGGCCAAGGAUUCAUAUAUAUAUAUAUAUAUAUAUAUAUAUAUAUAUGUAUAUAUAUAUAUAUAUAUAUAUAUAUAUAUGUGUGUGUGUGUGUGUGUGUGUGUGUGUGUAUCCAUCAACCACAGUGCAAUAAGUAAACACAUCAAAGUACAUUUUUUAAUUGUCACAAAAUAAAGUUCUGAAAUAAUAACAAGACAUCCCUUCUGGUAGCCUUCAGAGGACAGUACCAGAUUUGUGCCUGUGUGACUGCCGUCUCACAGGGCACCUCAUCUUAACGUAGUGAUCACUCUCAGUGAUCGGUCAUAAUUUCAGAUCUUUCCAUUGAAGUCUGUAGUGAGUGCGACAGAGGAGGCAGAGGAAGACGUAAGGAAAAGCAGAAAUUUGAACUCUCUGUUUUGCGUAAUGGAGUAUGGCAUCAAGUCGGCACAUGCGGCUGCCAACAUACGUGAACUCACUUGUGGAAGUAGUGGCUCUGUACCCGAAGGUUUUCAUUCAAGUCCUGCGUUCCAACAAGGGUGUGUGGGCAGUGGCUCUUGUAGAGAUUUCUCCCAGGUGACUGGAUUCAGUGGAUGUGAUGUGGCCCAACAAAAGUUUUCCUUGGCACCACAACGCCUGUACGGGGGAGUGGCUUUAUCCUCCAGUCCCGUGAGAAAUAGGAGGUAAUAUGGUCUGAUUCCACAAAUAUUAUCAAUUGUUUUGUGUGUGUGUGAAACUGUUCAACAUCACACCCCAUAUUAUUCUCCAGUUCUAGGCAGAGUCACAUGGUAACCGUUUUUCACUUAGAGAGACAUGGAGCUGGCAGCAUCAGGAAAAAAGUUGAGUUAUUGAUCAAAAUCCAAAGUUUCAGUCAGCCUCCAGACUAGAGCUUUUUCACUUUUCCCGGGUGGCAUUCAUUGACUUGCCGUCCCGCACCUUGAUUCAAGUGAAUCGAGUGAAUUGUGUUUUUGCUGAGUGUGCCUCACUGGUGGGUCUGCACUGACUGAACUGAGAAGCGUUGGACUCACACGGCGGUAAACUUUCCUCACCUCCGAUACUUCUACACUUUAUAAGUGUCUUAGUCCAUUGAGAUACUUUAAUAACGACAAACAAAUCACUAUUUUCUACGUCCUCAUGGAAGUCAUCCGCGUGAUUCAACUGAUUGGGAUGAGUAUUUCUAGAGCCCUUUUUGGAAUCAGAGUACUGACCCAGGAUCAGUGUUGGCUGUUAGUACAAAGCAACUGUAGCUGCUUCUUGUUGUUUUCCCUUCACCAAAGUUUCAACAUUCCUCGCCUGGUUUCUCCUUCAAACUUGAGCUUUGAUCUGUGAAGAGCUGUUCUGAUCCUGGAUCAGCUCUCUUUCGGAGAAACAUUUUAUGGUAACAGGAUGUAGUGUGAAAGUAGCUCUCCUUUUUCUA